AUGUCAGGACCAUACCUUCACGGCCAUCACGCAUCCGUCCUCCGCUCCCACAGCUGGCGUACUGUCGAGAACUCAUGUCCACACCUCCUCCCCUACCUCAACAACCCUUCAUUCAAGAUCCUCGACGUGGGCUGCGGCCCGGGAACUAUCAGCGUCGACCUUGCUGCGCGCGUCCCACAAGGCUUCGUCUAUGCCAUCGAUCCCUCCACCGAAGUCAUCGAGAAGGCGCGAAAACACGCGGAGGAAAAGGGCAUCACAAACAUACGGUUCGAGGCUGGGGAUAUACAUGAAUGGAACAAGCUCGAUGGUGCAGAAGAGGCUGGCUUCGAUAUUGUACAUGCGCAUCAAGUGCUGCAGCAUCUACAAGACCCACUGGGUGCGAUGAAGGAAAUGAAGCGCUUGACCAAGCCAGGCGGCAUCGUCGCAGUCCGAGAGUGCAACUACAGUGCCAUGGACUGGUAUCCAGAGCAUCCAGGAAUGCAAAAGUGGAAGGAACUAUACAUCAAGAUUGCGUUUGGGCUCAAGGCACAUCCGAACAUGGGCAGGUACGUGCAUGCGAUAGCCUUGCAAGCCGGUUUCCCAAGAAGCGACAUCGAGGCUAGCGUAGCCGCCUGGACAUUCAGCACACCGGAAGAGCGACAGUGGUGGUGCGGACUCUGGGCCGAUCGAACGGUGCAAAGCGACUACAAACAGCGGGCUCUGGACAGUGGAUAUGCGACGGAGCAGGAUCUCGAAGAGAUCGCAGCGACAUGGAGGGAAAUGGAGAAGAAGGAAGAUGGCUGGUUCGCUGUUAUCAACGGACAAGUCAUCUGCCAUGUUAGGUAG